AUGGGGUCGGUCUGGCGGUCGGUCACUGUUGUGUGCCGGGCCGACUGCAUAUUCUCAUGCACCCCAAGUGGCUCCGCCGUUUGUGCCGUCGUAGCGUCGACUCCCCACAAACAACCUAUUUACUGUACACUACAUGUACCUUUACUCCUUGGCUAA